CCCACGCGGUUGCACUGCAUUAGCUAAGAUUAAUGGAACCACUAUAUAGCCCCAACAGUACUGCACUUCUUCUUCAGCAAUUACACAGUUGUAUCAGUUACACUUGUUCUUGUUUGUUUAUAAUAAUCUAAGCUAUUUGUAAUAUAAUGGGUAACAUAGUAAAAGAGGUUACAAAGUGUGUUUUAAAGAUAGGGCAAGAUGAUCCAAGGAGAGUGAUUCAUUCUAUGAAAGUAGGAUUAGCAGUGACCUUAGUAUCUCUCUUUUACUACUUUCAGUCAAUCUACCAAGACCUUGGCACCACUGCUUUAUGGGCUGUCCUUACUGUCGUCGUCGUCUUUGAGUUCUCUGUUGGAGCCACAUUCUACAAAGGUUUGAACAGGACAAUUGCAACAUUAAUAGGAGGGGCACUAGCAGUUGGGCUACAUAGCUUGGCUACUCAAUCUGGUCAUAUUGGUGAACCCUUUCUCAUCAGCAUCUUUGUUUUCCUUCAAGCUUCUUUGUCGACGUAUGCACGAUUUUACCCAAAGAUCAAAGCAAGAUAUGAUUAUGGGUUCCUCAUCUUCAUACUGACCUUUUCAUUAAUAUCCAUCUCUGGAUUCCGCGUUGAGGAAAUUAUAGACUUGGCUCGCGAUAGAUGGGCUACAAUUUUAAUUGGUGUUUUUGGUUCUCUUCUUGUUUCUAUACUUGUUUUUCCUGUUUGGGCUGGUGAAGAUCUUCAUAACUUAAUUGCAAACAACUUCGACAAACUUGCCAAUUCCUUAGAUAGAUAUGGAAAUGCUUACUUCAAAAUGAAAGAGAAUUGUACUGCAAACGAAAUUCAAGUAUCAAGACUUCGAAGUUACAAGAGUGUUUUCAACACAAAGGGCAAUGAGGAAACCUUGAUUAAUUUUGCAAAGUGGGAGCCAACUCAUGGUUGUUUUAGGUUCAAGCAUCCAUGGAAACUAUACCUACAGCUAGGAGCUCUUUCUCGAGAAUGUGCCUACAAGAUUGAUGCGCGCCUUAAUGCAAAUAUUAAGGUAUAUAUCCAUCUUCUAUUGUCAUACUCACAUACUUUCACAUUUACAUCUCAUGAAACAUUGAAACAUAUGAUACAUUACAUUAUUUGUGUACCUCAUAAGCUGCUCCCGCCAGCUACAAUACUAGCAAAUUAAUUAAUAGCAAUGUUUGAUUUUACUCUUUGAUUUGUAAUUUAUGGCAUACAUCACCAAAUUCUCAACAUGAAUUCAGUGCAACUUGUAAUCGAAUGACAUUAGAAGCAAGCAAAACACUAAAAGAGCAAGCAAUUGCAUUGAAGACUAUGACCCGGCCUUCUCGUUGCAAAGUUUAUGUUGCAAAAUCCAAACAAGAAAUGAAAAGCUUGCAUGAAUUGUUGAAAUCAACUACAUUAUGGGAAGACUAUGAGCUGCAACUGCUCCAUGUCAUUUCAGCUACAACAAUCAUAUCCAUACUAACAGAUAUUGUUAUUUGUACUGAAAAAAUAGCAAACUGCACCAGUGAACUUGCUUCCUUGGCACAUUUCAAGACGACUAAGCUAGAAAAAACACAACCCGAGUCAAAAAGUAUUGAUCAAGAAUUGGGAAAACCGGUUUUCAUAACAAGUGAUGAGAGACAAGAACGGAAUCCAAGUGAUGUCAAAGUUGUGAAUUGCUCCCAUACAGCAAUAACAAUUGAAGCAGGAGACUAAAAAUAUAUCAUCCUUCAAAAAUCUGUUGCGAGUUUAGUGUGUAUACUAAUUAGUUGUGAAUUAAAUAAUGAAUGACAUCUCUUUAUUCAUCAAGUUACUUACAAA